AUGGACGACGACGCGUACGCACACGUUGGUGGCUCCCUCAGCCUCAAGAAGUCAAAGAAGAAGAAGAAGAAGCACAAGCACAAACACAAGCAUAGCAAGAAGGAGGAUGCUGCUCUCAAGGACACCGUGCGACAAGAAGCGGACGAGCAUGCGGAAAAGGAGGAUGAUGGCAUGACACCAGCAGAGCGGGCGUUUGCCAAAGAACAAGCAAAGCGGGAGGCUGCGCGGAUUCGGGAAAAGGCCAUGAAGACACACAAGGAAAAAGUUCAGGAGCUUAACAAGAAGCUGGACACGAUGACAGAACACCACGACAUCCCCAAGGUGUCGUGGACCAAGUGA